UCCUGAACCCUGAAGUCCACUGGUGAGGAACUGGGUGCCGUGAUUGACUAACCUGAAAUGUUUCUUCCCACAGCAUGCCCUGAGCCAGGCAUUUGUCUCCACAACCCUCCUCUCCCUGAUUGGCCCAAAUCCCUGGACAGGCAAGAGAGAAGAAAAGACCACCUGGAUCUUUAGGACCUCGACUUUCUUGCCCAGAGCCUCAGAGUCCCUAAGCGAUCCCAGCCACCCCAAGCCUGGACAUGUCAUCGUCCCCAUGUGAAUUGGGAGAAGCAGCUGAGAACUUGGCAAGAGACGAGGACGCUCCAGUCUCUCUGUCAUGUGCUGGAUGCAUGCGCCUGGCAGGCAGCAGACCUCCCUUGCAUCAAGGCCAGGGUGGCAGACCACCACCUCAGUACCCCUUAGCAAGGAGUCCCUGACAAUGAUCACCUGCCUUCAUCUCUUCCCAGUGGAGGUAGAUGGCCAUGCCUUGGCUGCAUCUGGCCCCAGGUUGGAGUUCUCAAACAGGUCGGUCCCCCACGUCAUCAUCGGCCCCAGCCCCCCACAAGCAGAGAAAACCUAUUUCCCACCUCCAGGUCAGUGCCAGGAGACGGAGGAGGCUGUGCCGGCCGCCUCCUGCUGUGGAUGACAUACCUCCAGGUGUCCCUGCCUGUUUCCCCCUCAGCCCCUCCCUCAUCCUUCUGCCCAGAAGGGGGCUGCUCCCAGUUGGCCUGAAGAACUCUCUUGGCCCUGUCCAGCAAUCGCUCACCCUCCCUUAUCCCCUGGAGGGAGGCAAGGGCAUCUCCAGACUCCCUGACCCCUCACCUUCUCCUCUAGGAGGGACACCAGCUUGCACCUAGUGCACGCGUAUCCCUGCUGUUCCCGAGGGAGCUGGACAAACAUGGCUCAGGUGUCACAUUUGACAGCAACUUGUGGCUCCUGCCAUGGCCGUCUCCUGGCCUGACAUAGCCCACCCCUCACAGGCCCUCCCACUACCCCCCCUUGUCUAUCCUACACCACCCUUUCUCAGCUUUCCUCACCUUGUUCUCCCAGACAGAAAAUACAGUAAAACGAUAUGAAGAAUUAAAUACAAUGACCCAGGGAAAGAGAGUCCCAGGAAAGCCUGGGCCUCAGACAAGGGAUGAUGCCUUUAACUGGUUGAUUGGGCCUGACAUCCCCCCCUUCCCUGAUGUUUGUGAAUUCCUGGCUCAGUCCACCUGCUGGGGCCACAGGUGGCCAUUUGCAAGAUGCCAUGGGUCUGGCUGACCACAGAGGAGCUGUGGGGCUGUAACUGGACUCUGCCCUGGAAGAUUCAGGAAGGCUUCCCUUCCUGCCAUGAUCAGGUCCUUCCAAUCUCAGGCCCCACCUUUCUUGUGGACAUGUAUCCCCACACCACCAGGACUUUCCCCUCCCCUCUCUGUGAAGACCAUGGUCUCUUCCAUAUUCACGCUGGGGCAGAUUUAUAAAGCUGGACUGAAUCGUGCCUGUGUUCCUCCAUUUCUAGGCCACCCUGACAGUGCUGCUGGACCACCUCAGCCUCGUUGCUGCUUUCCACCCCGCCAACCGCAUGCACACCCAGAACCUUGCUGUGUGCUUUGGGCCUGUGUUGCUGAGCCAGGGCUCAGGGGGCCCGGGGGCCCACAGCCCCAGCCAGCACCACCGACCCAUUGCCAGCACCAUGGACUUCAAGCACCACAUCGAAGUGUUGCAUUAUCUGCUGCAAGCCUGGCCAACCCCACGCAGGAGGCUGGAAGACGAAGAGCACAUCACACCCUGCAGUCAAGUGCUGCGCCAGCGCCAUCCACCCUUAGAUCUGCCGCUGCUGCCAGCCACAGUUGUGGCCCGAAGCCGCCCACGAGGCUUGGAAAGUCCUCCCAGCAAUCGGUAUGCCGGAGACUGGAGUGUCUGUGGGCAGCAAUUCUUGGCAGGACCCAGGCUGGGCUGUGACCUGGACUAUGAUGAGGUGGCAGGGAGUGCAAGUGAGAAUGAAGAGGAGGCAAAGGAAGAGGUGACUCUGAGAGAAGGGCUGGCACACCACAGCCAGACCGUCUUCACGGGAGGCUUUGCCUUGGUGGAGAACCCAGAAGCUCCUCCCUUCAGCCCAAGGCUCAACCUGAAGGACUUUGAUGCCCUCAUUUUGGACCUAGAGCAAGAACUUUCCAAGCAGAUCAAUGUCUGCCUGUGAGCAUUCUCUCAGGAUGUCAAAGCAGUGUGAACUGUUGGGAGGUGCCUUGGCCGGCUCCUGCCCGUCAGUCUAUGGCCAAGUCGAACUCGGGCAGUUGAUCUUGCCUCCAUUAUCAGUAUUCUUUUUGUUUAUGAUGCCUUGAUCCAAGUGAGGGCUCUUCUGGUCUUGAGCCAGUGUGUCCCCUUGCUGAUUGGCCAUUAGCCUGUAAUUGCCGAUGAUGCUGACCAUCUGAAUUUUCAACGUGGAAGCAGUGGAGGAUAGAGGAAGGAGCCAGCUCCAACCACUACCUUGAUUCCAUCCUUCAGUGCAGCCUUCCUCACCUGGGACCAUCCAGAUAUGCAGUUCUCAGAAUUCCUGAACAUUGGCUGUGCUGGCUGUGGCUAGGGAGCACAGGAGCCCAAAUCAGUAACCUGGCGAAGGCUGCCUUAAUUGUUCCAAGGAGAAAAGUGACUGCUCAAGGUUUGUUUUCUUUGGUCAAAAAAGUAUAUCUUGAAUGAGUUGAAUUUAUGUAGCAGAACUCCCUAAUCAUCCAGAGCACUUCAGCAUACUUGAAGGUUGGUCAGUAUUGUUUUCCUCCCUUAUUACGGGCAGAGACUGUUGCUUACCAAAGGCUGGACAGCUCAGUGAAUUAAUGGCUGAGCUGAGGCUUGAACCAGAGACCUGUACCUUGUGUCCUAACUGCUCUGUUCAGGCAUGGCUCUGGGUCUGAGAAGAUCCACAGCAAAAUGCCCCCUUCUAUGUGGGUUAGCCCAAGUAGUUUCCUGUUACACCUGUGCCUGCCCUGAUGUACUAGGCCAGUUGGCUGCCUUGGGAAAGCUCUUGUGUUCAAGAGGGCAAGUGUGUCCAAGUGUUUUCCAAAGGGCUUACAUAUAUUACGGAGCAGGCUAGGCACCAGCUUGUGCUGGCCCCUGGCCCACUGGCAUGCAUGAUGGCAUCAACUGCAGCUAGCAUUUCCCCACUCACUGCGAGCCAUCGCCACCAAAGAAUCCAGGUGGGACAAAGCUGAAAGUGGCCAUGUGCUGUGUGUCCCUUCUUCCCAGCUGUCCAUAGCAAUGCCCUCUACAGCACAUACCUAGAAUCUUUGUGUGCUGGAUUCUAACCAGACUGAACCCCCACAGAGCACUGUGGAAGUUGGUUAUUUUUCUCUCCCUUUCAUAAGAAGGAGGAAAACCUGCUUGUCCCUAACUCCCCACUUUCAAUGCAGUUCUCAUGGAGCAGUUUCAGCAACAGGAGAGCCUCAGGACAGAAAGCCAUAGCCAACCUGAUGGAGAAACAUGGUACAGGAAGUGUGGAUUCUUUUGUUUUGAAAUGUGUAUGUCCUUAUGGACAAUUAAAACUAUCUGUCACUAUA